CAACUUCAUGUGUGUGUGUUAGCUGUCACAGGGUUUAAACAAGGUUGAAUUGUUGUUGGUGUGUGUUUCAAAUAAGGUUGCUCUCUCAAGAAUGUUUGUUGUAUCAGUGGCAUACUUUCUCCUGUUAGUGUCUGAAGCAACAGUGGUUCUUGAUGUCAACACAACUGUUGGUGAAUCAAUGACAUUCCCGUGUACCCUGACGAUCCCCGCUACUGCUGCCUUAAAGAAUCUACGCUUUUACUGGCAAGACAAGGAAAACUGUGUUUUGUACUCUUUCAAUGAAGGAAGGGAAAUGCCAAACCAUGUACAUAAACUUUAUCGAGGCAGGGUAACAGCCUUCUCACAGGAAAUGAUUAGAGGAAAUGUUUCAGUCAAACUAAACAACAUAACACUUCAAGACAACCAAAAGGUUUUCGAGGCUUUUGCGUCAGUUUUUGAGAGUGGAGGGACAAAAAGAUACACCGUUCCCCACGGAAAAAUCUGCCAAGUGACUUUACAUGUUGCAGUUCCUUACAAGAGUGUCAACCUGGCUGUACAUGAAGAAUCAAUGACUGCAGACUGCACAACAAAAAGAGGAUUCCCUAAGCCUUUGGUAACAUGGAGAUUUCAGCACCUCUAUAACAAAUCACAACACCUUUUAGACCCGAGGGAUGUGGACACCACAGCAGAGCAGGACCCUGAAGAUCAUCUGUACCGUCUCAAAAGCACAAUAGAGAUCUCUGGAGGUCCAUAUCAAUCUGUUACCUGCCUUAUCCACAAUCCUACCCUAAAUGUGACUCUGAUCGCCACCCACGUUCUAAACAACAGUGAAGCAGAGUGGAGCCUCCCUGGCUGGGCUGGAGCUCUGAUAGCGGCUGCUGCUGCUGUUCUCAUCCCUAGCUGUGGUUUGUUGGCAUAUCAUGUGUACAGGACUCCUAGGCGAGCCAGGCAGCCUUCUUCUUCACCUGACACUGGAAUGUUAUGAUGCCAACCCUUUAAACAAGGUCUAACUUUCUGCAGAACAUUAGUACUUACUCCGAUGUGUGCCACAAAACCAGGGACUCUCUGAGGAAAAAUAAAGACUGAGUCCCAUCACCAAUAAGUAUGCAGGCAGGGUAAACUCAGACAGAUCACCAGUCUAACACACUCACUUUUAUGGACAACUUGGAGUUUCAUUCAACCUGAGUGCUUGUGGACUGUAGGAAAAAACCAGAGCAUCCGUAGGAAACUCACAAACAUCCACAGGACCACACUGAAACCUCUUCUGUGGCUGAGAGAGGUUUGGAUUCAGAAUCGUAUUGCUGUGUGUUCACAUUGUUUGACACUGCACCAAGUGGAAAUCAAGUUUUACUGUCCAAAUUAACCAAAUAAAUAGUAUGGUUUUGUAUUUUGUAUUGUUGCA